AUGGUAGCCCUUGACUCGACAUCAUCGACACCAGCAGUCACACUCCCACCACCCCUUCAACCACGUAUCCCCCGCGCACCCAUCCGCAUCAUCGUCCUCUGCGACGGCACUGCUCAGCAACGCAACUGGGUCAAAACAUCCAUCAAUACCGCCACCAAACCUGGCUUCCACACCUUUCAUCACUCCGACCCCCACAGCGACGCCACCGCCUCAUCCACUCCGAACGAACGCGGCGAUGAAGGAGACAAGAAGAAACGCAAGUCCAACUCCAACUCCAACGACCCUGCAGCAGAAACAGGAGACUUCUUCACCAACGUCGCUCUCCUAGCUAAAGUCAUUGCCCAAUCUAGUGGCCUUGCUCCCACCUCACCUCCUCGGUCUCCUAAACUUGGGGAAAAUGCUGCUCUUGAUGGUGAUCAACCCGAUCCUUCUCGCGGAGGCGGGGUGAUGCCUCAAGUAGUGUUCUACCAGUCCGGUAUAGGUACAGGUACAGGCAAGCUUCGCAACCUAGUCGACCAAGGAACUGGCCUUUCGCUCGGAUCGAAAAUCGAGGAAGCCUACUCUUUCAUUGUUGACAACUACCAGCCUGGCGAUGAGCUUUUCCUCUUUGGUUUCUCCCGGGGAGCAUACACAGCACGAUGCAUUUCCGGGCUCAUCAACUGGUGUGGAGUCCUGUCCAAAGUCGAAAUGACCCACUUCUCCGAAAUCUGGGCUGCUUACCAGCGACGAGAUCCGGACGAUAUCUCUUCUGAAGUCGACGCUGCGGAAACACUCUAUUCCGCCACUCUCAAAUACCCAUCCGCAGAAUCCGAACAAGUUGCCACGAACAUGUACCUGUUCAACCUUCACAGCAACUCCAAACUCUCCCCCGCAGCCAAAGCCAACCUGGAGGAGCUGAGAAGGAAAGAAUGCGCAGCAAGGAGAAGAAAGAACAUGGUCGUCCCUCCACAGAUUAAGGUGGUCGGGGUGUGGGAUACUGUUUCGGCAUUAGGCUUUCCAGGCAUGUUUCAGGAUAAUGCUAUGAUUGAUUUCUUUGAUUUCUAUGAUCCUGGGUUGGGGAGUAACAUUCAGUUUGCAUUUCAUGCGUUGAGUUUGGAAGAGGAUAGAAAGGAUUUCCUUCCGACCAUGUGGUAUCAGCCUAGUGUGGCGGAUACUCCUUCUGCUCUGCCGCAGAGUGCUAAUGGUGCGCGAGGAGGCGCAAGAGGGGGAGCCAAGUUUUCGGCGAAAGGUCAGCAUAUGCGAUCGAAACAAGUUUUGAAACAGUGCUGGUUUCAGGGUGUACACACUGAUUGUGGGGGAGGAUAUCGGUACCACGGCCUAUCAGAUAUUACUUUGAUCUGGAUGAUUUCUCAGCUCGUCGAUCCACACACACUUCCGGAUGGAUCCACCACCCUUCGACCCCUACUCAACAUUGACUUGGGUCUCUUAGCAAGCAUCAUCGACCGUCGUAGAGAAUGGGGAAAACAACUUCCACAUCGUUCUCGUCCCACCAUCAACUAUCAACAUCCUCGUAUAGUUCUUCAGCGUAAAUGGGAUGCGGAGACGAUGAAGCGUACCGUGUGGGCUAACAUGGCGCUGACUGGUCGAACGAAUGAGUCUAUCCACCCAUCGGUUGUACGUGGAGGUAGGAUUCAGCCUGAUUCGCACCCAGCCUUGGCGGCUCUAUGGAGGGAUGAGAAGGGUGGGGGUAGGGAAGUGUUGGAAAGAAUGUGGAAAGAGGCGGAGAAUUGGGAUGGGACUUUGAGGCCGACGGAGAAGCUGUUGUAUUGGGAUAAGAGAGGGCCUUAUCCGUGGGUCCCAGGACAAGGGGAUUGGGGGUUGAAUCCGUGGAUUGCGCCGUUGAUUGUUUCGGGUGGGUGGAAUAUUCCAGAAUUGGCGAGGAGGGAUGUGAAGGAACUUGUGAUUAGUGCGGCGCAGAUGAGGCGGAUGGGUGAUGUCGAUGAUUCUCCUGAGGAGGAUGGCGGCGAUGGGGCUGCAAAGGGGGCUUCGGGUGGUAGUCGUGCUGAUGUGGACGACCAAGUGAUCGAUGGAUGGGGAGAUAUCGCAGCCACAAACCCUCCCGCCAAGCCCACAGACCCUACCUCUUCUUCCUCCUCACCAUCCACUCCAACCUCAACCACGCUACCCAUUCUCAUCGCUCCAAUGAUCACCAACACACCCCCUCCCACAGCCCUCUACUCCCUAAUCCCUUCCAAAGAACUAGGUGAAAACCCAGUGGACCCCACAACUCAUCCUCAUCUCCACUCGCUCUUCUCCACCCUCUACUCUCUUUCUACAAUCCCGAACUCGAUCAUCGCAGAUAUCCUCAACUUCCGGCUGGUCCCGAAGACGAAUCUCAAUCAAACAAUGGUCCAAGGUUGGCUUUGGGAGUUGGGUGAUAAAUGGGCAGGGUACUCGGAUGAGGUGAAGGUGCAGGCGUUGACUGCUGGAUUGGGGCUGCAGCAUAAGAAGGGGAAAGGUGGGAAAGGGGGCAAGAAGCUGAAGAAGAGUGAGACAAAGGCCAAGAAGAUCAGUGAGGAGGAGAGCGUUGUUUCUGACGAUAUUUGA